CCUUUGUCCCUCUACAGGUUAUGUGGCAGUGGUGGACACUUCUAUGGCCGACGACUAACACCAUUCCGCCCCUUAGGAGGAGGCGGAGAUACAGCCUUUAAGUAAUUAAUGGCGGAAUCUCCUCUUAUGUCGGCUUUUGAACUUACUGAAAUUCCUGGUGUCCGCCUCCGUCAAGCUCCUAUACUCUUGCUGUUGCACUUUCACAAUGCUCUUCGUGAGGAGCUUGCUGACCUCCGUCGUACUGCGGCGGAUGCCUUGGACAGCAGGAUCUACGGUCCUGACUUGAUUCAGGAACUCCGCCGCAGGUUUGAGUUUCUUAAGCUUGUUAACAAGUAUCACUCAGUCGCUGAAGAUGAGGUUAUAUUUAGAGCGUUGGAUGCACAUGUAAAGAAUGUGGUAUCUGCAUACUCGCUUGAGCAUACGAGCACAAAUGAUAUUCUGGACUCCAUUUUCCACUAUUUGGAUGUUCUGAAGAAGGAAGAUAAAAGACGUAUUUCCAAGCCGUUUCAAGAACUUGUUUACUUCAUUGGUACAUUGCAGACCAGCAUUUGCAAGCAUAUGGCCAAAGAAGAGGAGCAGGUAUUUCCGUUGCUGACGCUGCAAUUCUCAACCCAAGAACAGGCGUCAUUUGUUUGGCAGUUCAUCUGUAGCGUUCCUAUGAUACUCUUAGAAGACUUCUUUCGGUGGAUGAACUCCUUUCUCUCUCGAGAUGAAAGGGAAAAUGUUCUGCAAUGUAUUAAAGAAGUUGUACCUAAGGAUUUACUUUUACAAGAGGUUGUAAUAUCCUGUCUUGAAGCAACAGAGCCAACUAUCACUGGAGGGUUGAAUAAAUAUGGAAAAGGAACUCUAUUCCUCAAUGGCCGUGCUAAUUUCCGGAAGCUACUUGAACUAUAUAAAUCUGAGGGUCAUUGUGGAGAAGCACUGAAGCUAGAGAAUGAAUAUCCAGUCCAUGCAACUGUUCAAUACAAUCCUCUGGGUGGUGCCUCUUUGUGGCAUAGUGCCUACCAUAAGGAUCUGGUGGAAGUUCUGGAGGAGCUAUACUCAAUUCGAGAUUCAAACAGUCUUUCAGGCCUAGCUCCUGCAAUUGUUCAGCUAAAGUUUUUUGCUGAUGUCAUCAUAUUUUACAGCAGCGCAUUGGACAAACUCUUCUACUCAAUGUGCAUCGAAUUGGCUGAAGAUUGCCCAGCUCCUUCAUAUCAACGGUUCUUGGAUGACAGUCAAAUUGAAGGUUUGCAGUUGUUGCUAUACAGUAGGACUGAAAAUGUAAUGUCAGCAAGAGACUUUGUAGAGAAGCUAUGCGAGAAACUGAAAAUAUGUAUGACAGGGAUCCGCAAAUACCUGACAUUUGUGGAAAUAGAGGUUUUCCCUUCUAUAAUCAUGAACUGCAGCCAUGAAAUGCAGUGGUGGCUGUUAUAUGCUGGUCUUGAGAUGAUGCCACUUGGGUUGCUCAAGUGCACAAUUACUUGGUUCUCUGGUCAUUUAUCGGAGGAUGAAUCCAAGUCCAUUUUGCAUAGCAUAAAGCAAGGAGGCCUUAUGGUUAAUAAAUCAUUAUCUUCCCUUUUGUAUGAAUGGGUACGCAUUGGUUACUCAGGUAAAACAUCUAUUGAAAAUUUCAGAAAGGAGUUGCAUGAAGUAUUCGAUAGCAGAUGCUCAUUUAUUUCUGAACAAAUCAAGAACAAUUCUGGAUCUUCAUACAUGCAUAUGGACACUCAACUCAACAACAGAUCCAACAGCAGGCCAUUGGAUGCAUUAGGUGCAAUGGCCAAGAAAGGCAUAUCUAGCUCUUCUUCUGCCUUUAACAGCGGUAGGAUGUCCGAUGCAUCAUACUCUAGUGGGAUCAACUUUCAUGUACUUUUUCCUCAGAAACUGAAGAUAUCAACUCCUUUUUCGACAUAUCCUACCGAGGAUAAUACUGAGAGUUCCUUCCGCUAUCUAGAGUCAAGACCAGUGGAUCACAUCUUUUUCUUCCACAAAGCUCUCAAGAAGGAUAUGGAACGUGUAGUCUCUCUUUCUGCUAACCUGGCCGAAAAUGAUGCUUUCUUCAGAGAGUUAUAUAGACGCUUCCAUCUUUUACGGGUUCUACACAAAAUUCACAGUGAUGCAGAGGAUGAAAUUGCAUUUCCAGCUUUAGAAGCAAAGGAAAUCAUCCAAAACAGUAGCCAUUCAUACUCCAUUGAUCAUAAAAUGGAUGUUGAAUACUUCAAUAGGAUUUCCUACAUUCUCGAUCAGGUCUCUGAAUUGUAUUUCUCCGUUUCCAGCAGAGAUGUGGAUUCUCAGGGUGGAACAAUGCUAAUGUAUCGUCAGCUAUGUCUGAAGCUCCAUGACAUGUGUAAAUGCAUGAAUAAGAUGCUUUCUGAUCAUGUGAACCAUGAAGAAAUUGAGCUCUGGCCUUUGUUUAGAGAGCAUUUAUCUAUCAAGGAGCAAGAAAAGAUCAUAGGAUGCAUGCUUGGGAGAACAAGAGCGGAAACUCUACAAGAAAUGAUACCAUGGCUUAUGGCAUUUUUGACAGUAGAAGAACAGAACGCAUUGAUGUCCGUAUGGUUCAAGGCCACCAAGAACACAAUGUUUGAUCAAUGGUUAGGUGAAUGGUGGGAGGGUAUGCAGAGGUAUGCCAUUGCCAAGGUUGAAGAGUCAACUGUGCCUACUCAAUCAACUGCAGACACAUUGGAUAUAGUCUCAAAGUACUUGCCUACAGAAGGUUUUGAUGAUCAUGGAGGAAAUUUAUGUGAUGAAGACCGCAAGUUAUCUAAAGAAAAUAUGAUCAAUCAUAAAGUUAUGCACCGGCAAACUUCUAAUGCAGAUUAUAGAGAAAAGAAAUUAAGCAAAUACCAAGGCAAAGACCAGCCUGUGGAGAGCUGUAAAGUUUGCAGUGAGCUUGACAAGACAAAUACUGAGGUAUCAAAUGUUGCUGAUCAAACCGAACCAUUGACUCAAGAAGAACUGGAGGCUAAAAUUAGAAGAGUGCAUUGUGACCCAACAUUGGAGCCUCAGGAAAAAUCAAUCAUAAUCCAGAACCUGCUAAUGAGCCGCUGGAUCAAUACACAAAAAAAAUCUCAUCCAGAGGUUGAUGUGCUAGAUAACGAGCAAGACAUUCCAGGUGUGUAUCCAUCUUACCGUGACUCUAACAAAUUAGUUUUUGGAUGCGAACACUACAAGAGGAACUGCAAACUUGUUGCUUCCUGUUGCAACAAGUUAUACACUUGCCGACGUUGCCAUGAUGAUGCUGAGGGGACUGAUCACUUGAUGGACAGAAAAGCCACGAGUAUGAUGAUGUGCAUGAAAUGCUUAAUAAUACAACCCGUUGGUCCAACAUGUUCAACAGUUUCUUGUAACAAUCUGUCUAUGGCCAGAUACUACUGCCCUAUUUGCAAAUUCUUUGAUGAUGAAAGGCAUAUCUACCACUGCCCUUUCUGUAACCUCUGCAGACUUGGGAAGGGUCUGGGCAUCGAUUAUUUCCACUGCAUGAAUUGCAAUGCCUGCAUGUCAAGGUCUCUCUCUGUGCAUAUCUGCAGAGAAAAGUGUCUUGAAGACAAUUGCCCGAUAUGCCAUGAAUACAUCUUCACAUCAAGCAAUCCUGUGAAGGCCCUUCCGUGUGGUCAUAUAAUGCAUUCAUCAUGUUUUCAGGAAUACACUUGCUCCAACUAUACUUGCCCAAUAUGCAGCAAAUCAUUGGGGGAUAUGCAGGUAUACUUUGGAAUGUUGGAUGCAAUGUUGGCUGAAGAGAAAAUUCCAGAGGAGUACUCCGGCAAGACUCAGGAAAUUUUAUGCAACGACUGUGAGAAGAGAGGAAGUGUAUCAUUCCAUUGGCUGUACCACAAAUGCCGGCAUUGUGGUUCCUACAACACUCGUGUUAUCUGACUUGGUAUACUGUGAGUGCAGUUUGACUUUGUGCUCCGUAGCCAUAAUUGUACAUCCUAGCUUUAGUAUAAUUAAGUUCCAUCAUUUUACAAGUUAGUCUUAGAAGUAUUUUUGUUUGCAGUACGACUGAACAUUAGUCCUCAAAUCAACCAAUUUCCCAUUAUGUGGAAAUUUAUGUAUUUAGAGGAUGCUUGUUUAUAAGUGUAUUGUAUAUAUAGACUCUGAAACCAACAUCUGAAAAUGGUAGUUUGGAUGGAUGAAUCAUACCUCAAUGCCAACAUUUCAAAGGGUGAAA